UCUCGAUUCCGAUCGGCUCUAUCGUAGCCAGCAAGGGGCGUCCAACUAGGAAUCAUAAGCAGCAUGAACGCCACAACUAACCUGUUCACUCCUUUCUCGAGUGAAAUUCCUUCCUUGGCGACGGACAAUGCAGUCGCCGCCGUAAACGACACAAGCAACGGAAGGCCCGAGGUGCUACGAUUUCACGAGUACCCGCGACCCAUUCUAACCGGUGGCUUCGUAGCUCUCAUAUUCAUGGCCGUCUUCGGCGUGCUCUCCAACGCAGUCUCCAUCGUGGCACUGCUGCGCUCGUCGAAGCUGCUCAAGAACGCGACCACGGCGCUCGUCUUGAACCUGUGCUUCACCGAUCUUCUCUUUUCAGCACUGAGCACGCCGCUGGCUGCCACCGUCUUCUGGAACGCCGGCUGGGUGUACAGUGAUGGUCUAUGCGUGGCGUACGGAGUGAGCCGUUUCUUCAAUACUGGCGCAUCCAUAUUCACAGUCAUGGCCAUCAGCAUCAACCGAUACGUGAUUAUAGUGAAGCCCCGGCUGUAUGGGCAUGCCUUCACUGAAGGCAACAACCUGCUCAUCGUGACCGUGACUUGGCUGCUGACGCUGUCUCUACUAAUCUGGCCCACAGCCGGCAUAUGGGGCCAAUUUGGCUGGGACGCCGAGAUCGGCACUUGCAGUGUAGUCCCGAAGGACGGACGCAGCAGCAAGGCGUUUCUCUUCAUGGUGGCAUACUUUGUGCCGGCCACGUCUUUCGUCAUAUGCUACAGCCGCAUCUACUGGAUCGUGCGCACGACGCAGCGGAACCUACGCCAGUACAGCACGAACGAAAAGUCGGCGGCGUUCGUGACGCGGUUUUUCGCCAAGCGACAGAGAGGCGGGGCCACCGGCGAGCCGGUCUCGGAGGAGAAAGUCCAGCGCCAGCAACGUCGCAUCGCUAAAGACUGGCGGCUGCUGAAGACGGUGUUCGCCAUCUUCGUCGCAUUCACACUUUGUUAUCUGCCCCUGCUGGUGCUGAAGGCUUUCCGACUGCUCGACAACUACCCAGCCAUCCAGGUAUUCGCCUACCUGACAUUCUACUUCUCGGGGUGCGUGAAUCCCAUCAUAUACAUCUGCAUGAGUCGCGAGUACCGGCAGGCAUACAAGGAGCUCUGGCCGUGUGCCAAGAGCGCGGCACUCUCCGAGAGCACGGGAAGCCAGGAAACAUCUGUGUGAAAGAAAUUUCGUCCCUGUGAGACAUACAUGUAUUGACUGACGUUUGGAUUAACGCGCACAUUAUGCAAAAUGUUAUUUAUCAUGACUACUGGUCAUUCUUUCUCAUUCGCGCUUUCAGGGGUCCUGAUCUCAGAUUCCUCACGUAACGUACGUUUCCUACGUACUUGUGGAGAUCAUACCAAAUUUUGAGACCAGACUAGCUGAUGAUGAUCCUAUAAUAAGGCGCGCGACAAUAUCUACGGGGUAUUGCAUGCUACCUCGAGUCCUAUAAACGCCUUCUUUAUCGCUUGCCGCGAUGUUGCUCCAGCUCUUGCGCGCGUCUUUUGCUGGCGCUUGGACAUAAAUUCCCACACAGAAAAAGCACCGAAACAUAAGAUUCAAAGUGAUGCAGUUACUUUUUUUCGUUGUCUCGUUUUUACGUAACGGAUUUCGGGCAUUUAUGUGAAUCUGACUGUUCUUGCAGUUUGGCAAAUCCCGCUGGUCAGAUUAGCCACGACACGCGCACAAAUAAACUGCGCACAGCGAGGACAGAUGAAAGAAACAGUCAAAACGAAAACAUCGUGUAGGAUACUAACAGGUAAUUUAAUAAGAUAAUUUUUAUUGGGACCUCUUGAGAAAGAAACAAAUAUUCACCGUAGUCGGCAUCACUAGAAGCUCAGCCCUCCGAAUGCUUCAAUGAACGCAUAUGCAGAGCUCCUCUGCUUUCCUGUGGCUUCUCUUUAUUUACUGAGUUCCUGCAGUAGGGAUGCCAAAGGCACGUAUGUGUAGCCAAAUAAAAAGUAAUGAAGAAAUAAAAUGU